AUGGUUCUUAAGUUUUUCAAACUGCUGACCAUUGUUUGCAUAUGGACUGUCGGCCCAACUUUGGUGGCUGUCAGAGUUGAACAAUCGGAACCGGUCAGCUUUGUUCGAAGCAGCGUGGAACAUAUUCCGAGCCAUGGGUUUGAGAAGCAGAUAGCGGAAGCGGCCAGCGAUGAGUUCGGAAGUGAGUCUCUGCCUCUGCGCAGUGCAGUCGAAAGUGUACCGGCCAAUCUUAUCGAUGAGCGGCUUCCUCUUCGCGACUCCGUAGAGUUUCGGAUCAUCGACAUGGACGAUGCGAUCGAAGGCACGGUGAGCAAGGUGAAGACCGUCGUCAGCAAACAGCAGCAAAAGUACGCGACCACAUCAAGGACUGAUGUCGAAAGCUUUCGAGUCUUCAUGCGCCCAGACAAGUACGCAGCUUACAUCAUCCCGGCACAUCCGGACAACCUGCCGAUGCCCUUUCGGGCCGGCUCUCCCUUCCAACAGCUGUUGAGCAGUAAGGAGCUGGCAACGGCCCGAAAUCCUCCCGCUCAGCUGUCUUACGUUCGAAAGGCGGCGGAAAGCGAGUAUAAAGUCGUGUGCCACAUGACAAACUGGGGCUUUUACCGCAAAGGAGAGGCCCAAUUCGUGCCGGAACACUUGGACGCGAGCCUUUGUACGCACAUUAUAUAUUCGUUUGCCACCCUGGAUGCGGCCACUUUGACGAUGAAAGAAUUCGACAGCUGGGCUGACAUAGACAACAAUAUGUACCAUCGAACGAUUGCAGCUGCAGGCGAGGUUCCGGUGUUGCUCGGCCUCGGAGGCUGGACCGAUUCCGUGGGCGAGAAGUACUCCGAGCUGGUAGGAUCGACCGGCAAUCGGCAGAAGUUUAUCAGCAACUCGAUCGACUUUCUGAAAAGGCAUCGUUUCGCGGGUUUACACCUGGACUGGAACUAUCCGGUCUGCUGGCAAAGCGACUGCUCGCAAGGUCCCGCGAGUGACAAAUCCAACUUCGCCAAGCUAAUUCGGGAGGCUCGAAGCGCGUUCGCUCGCGAAAACCUCCUGCUCAGUACCAGCAUAUCGGGGUACGAGGAGGUGAUCAAGAGGGCCUACGAUGUAGUGGAAAUAUCGAAACACGUGGACUUUAUGACCGUCAUGACGUACGACUAUCAUGGUGCCUGGGAAGAGCAAGCGGGGCACGUGAGUCCGUUGCACGGUUCGGCAACGGAUAAGUACCCGCAGUACAACACGGCCUACGCCAUGCAGCUGCUGGUCAGUAUGGGAGCCGAAAAGGGGAAACUUAUCGUAGGAAUACCGUCCUAUGGACAAACGUUCACCUUAGCCGAAAGCUCCGGCGGUACGCCCCCGGAAGGCAGUCCUGCUACAGGACCUGGGGCAGCUGGUGACGACACGCGACAGCCGGGUAUGUUGGCGUACUACGAAAUUUGCCACCGAGUGCGUCGGCUAAAGUGGAAGGUCAGCAGAGAUGCUUCGAUGAAGACGGGUCCCUACGCCAGCAGCAGUGAUCAGUGGGUAGGUUACGACGAUCCCGUGUCGGCCACGGCUAAAGCAAAGUACGUGAUCAAGUCCGGGUUUGGUGGGAUAGCAGUGUGGACGGUCGAUUUGGACGAUUAUCUGAACCGCUGCUGCGAGGAAAGUUAUCCCGUGUUGAGGGCAGUAAACAGAGCUCUGUUUCGGCUUAGUUCUCCCAGUCCCACUGGCAUGGACUGUACGAGACCAUCGCAACCCGCCACACCUGAACCGGCAGAGAUGACAUUCAGUCCGGACAGUGGACUUGGCAGCUCCACCACUACACCUGCUCACGCACACACUACGUGGCCAUCGUGGACCCCGGAAAGCACGUCAACAACGCGCAGAACAACGACCCUCAGCACCACGACGACAACCACUCCUCGAACGACUGUAACUCGCAGAACAACCACCCCAUCGACAACCUACAGUCCACCGACGACCACGGUUGGCACGACGAUCCCUGUUCCGGGUCUUAUAAUGCCAGAGCUCAGCAACGCUGAGAGCUGUGAGCCCAAUCAGUACAAGGCGCAUCCGAACAACUGCAAUUCGUACUAUCGCUGCGUGCUUGCCGAGUUCAAACAGCAGUUCUGUGCCGGUGGCCUUCAUUGGAACGAUCAAGCAAAGCUGUGCGAUUGGCCAGCUUCAGCCAAGUGUGAGAAGGACAUGGGCUCUCAGGAGUACACCGAGACAACGGCCGCCACGCCGAGGCCAACAAGAACCACAACGGUAAGAACCACUUCUGCGAGACGUACAACGACAUCCGCGACGACGCAACGCACGACACGUCGAAGUACUCCCGCCAGAGUACCGAACACGCCGCGGCCAACGAAGCCAACGACCACUACUACGACCACCACCACUAGCAGUCCUUCGCAAGGAUGCCGAAAUGGGGAAUACUAUCCGCACAAAAACUGCGAUAGUUUCUACAUUUGCGUCAACGACAGGAAAGUGGAGCAACAGUGUGGCCCAGAACUGUACUGGAGCCAGGCGGACAAGAACUGUGAUUGGGAAGAGAACGUCAACUGCGUGAGUAACGAGCAGUACUUUAAAUUGCUCGUCAAGUACAGUGCAUCGAAGGCGCUCUCGGAGGACGAUCCUUGCGAAGGCAAUACGCACGUUCCGUAUCCGGGCGAUUGUAGUCAAUAUCUCGUGUGCAACUGGGGUCGCCUGGAAUCGGCAAGCUGCGCCAAUGGGCUGCACUGGAACCAACAGCUACGCAUCUGCGAUUGGCCAGCUAGUGCCCGGUGCUCCCAGGGUGCCAUCCCCGAGAGCACGGAGAACAAUUCGGACGAGAAUUCGUGGCAGAACUCGAACCAGGACAUCGAUGGCCCACAGCCCGUCGUAUCGACGACGGAGAGAAGAACCACCACGCGAACGACCACGCUGGCACCUUCCACGCAACCGCCGGUACUGGACCCACUGUCGGGAUACUACAAGAUGGUGUGCUACUUCACGAAUUGGGCCUGGUACAGGAAAGGAUACGGCAAGUACACUCCCGAUCACAUUCGCACGGAUCUGUGCACGCACAUCGUGUACGGGUUUGCCGUGCUGGACUACUCGACGUUGACGAUUAAGACCCACGAUUCGUGGGCCGAUAUUGACAACAAGUUCUACACACGUGUCGUGGCCGCAAAAGAAAAGGGCGUUAAGGUAACGCUCGCCAUCGGUGGUUGGAAUGAUUCGGCCGGUGACAAGUACAGUCGGUUGGUGCGCAGUGCCGCGGCACGGGCCAAGUUCGUUGAGCACGUCAUCGGCUUCCUGGAAAAGUACGGCUUCGACGGUUUGGAUCUGGACUGGGAGUACCCGGUGUGUUGGCAGGUGGACUGCAAGAAAGGAUUCGCCGACGAAAAGGAAGGUUUUACGGAGCUAGUGCGGGAGCUGUCGGAAGCCUUCAGGCCUCGCGGUUGGCUCCUUUCGGCGGCCGUCUCACCAAGCAAAACGGUCAUCGAUGCCGGAUAUGAUGUGGCCGCUUUGGCCAACUAUUUCGAUUGGAUCGCUGUCAUGACGUACGACUUCCAUGGACAGUGGGACAAACAAACGGGCCAUGUGGCUCCCCUGUACUACCAUCCGGAGGAUGAAAUUGAUUUCUUCAACGCGAAUUAUUCCAUCAAUUACUGGAUCGAUCAGGGAGCGCCUUCGAGAAAGCUCGUCAUGGGUAUGCCACUGUACGGGCAGUCGUUCCAGCUGGCAGACAACAAAAAGAACGGACUCAACGCGAAAGCACCCGGUCCAGGACAGGCGGGAGAGUUCACCAGAGCGGCUGGAUUUUUGGCGUACUAUGAAAUCUGCGAUCGUAUACAAAACAAAGAGUGGACGGUUGUGCAGGACGAACUGCAAAGGAUGGGACCGUACGCGUACAAGGGCAACCAAUGGGUUUCGUUCGACGACAAGGAAUCGCUGCUCCGAAAGGUAGAGUUCAUCCGUGCCAUGGAUCUGGGUGGCGGCAUGAUCUGGGCGCUGGAUUUGGAUGACUUCAAGGACCGGUGCGGCCAGGGAAGUCACCCAUUGCUGACGGCCAUCAGAGAAGGACUGCGUGAUCCUCCCACGGGAAAUGAAGUGCUCCCGUCCGUAGUUCCAACUAAUAGUGAACCUGAACCUGAGCUAGGCAGCGUCGGUGGAGCCCAAACACCAGACAAACAGCGGCCUGACUCUUCCGAAAGCACCGAUGUGGACGAGAACUUGGUUGACGGCGAAACAUACAAAGUUGUCUGUUAUUUCACCAACUGGGCCUGGUAUCGGCAGGGAAAUGGCAAGUAUCUGCCGGAGGACAUCGACCCGGAGCUGUGCACCCACAUCGUGUAUGGCUUCGCGGUGCUCGAUCGCGAAGGCCUCACUAUUAAACCGCACGAUUCGUGGGCCGAUAUCGAUAACCGCUUUUACGAGCGCGUGGUUGAGUUCAAGAAGAAGGGCAAAAGAGUCACUGUUGCAAUCGGCGGAUGGAACGAUUCGGCUGGUGACAAGUAUAGCCGGCUGGUGCGUAGCGCUCAGGCGCGAAAGCGGUUCAUCGAGAACGUGAUGGCGUUUAUCGAAAAGUACAACUUUGACGGUUUGGAUCUAGAUUGGGAAUAUCCAGUUUGUUGGCAGGUUGAUUGCACUAAGGGAUACGCAGACGAGAAGGAAGGAUUCGCUACGCUCGUGGUGGAACUAGCUACGGCUUUCAAGUCCAAGGGAUACCUACUCUCGUCGGCGGUGUCGCCAAGCAAAAAGGUAAUCGAUGCCGGGUACGACGUCGUGACGCUCUCCGACUACAUGGACUGGAUAGCGGUGAUGGCGUACGACUACCACGGCCAGUGGGAUAAGAAAACGGGACACGUUGCGCCGAUGUACGAACAUCCGGAUGAUUUCGAUAAAACGUUCAACGCAAACUUCACCAUACACUACUGGAUCGAGCAGGGAGCGGACCCUCGGAAGCUCGUUAUGGGAAUGCCGACCUACGGUCAAUCGUUUUCACUUGCCGAUGUCAAUGAUCACGAUUUAAACGCAAAGACCUACGGUGGAGGCGAAGCUGGCGAUCAAACUAGGGCACGAGGAUUUUUGUCGUACUACGAGAUUUGUGCCAACAUCCGACAGAAGCAUUGGACCGUCGUGCGCGAUCGCAAGGGUCGCAUGGGUCCGUACGCAUACAAGGGCGAUCAGUGGGUUUCGUUCGACGAUCAGUACAUGAUCCGUCACAAGAGCGAGUUCAUAAAAGCGAUGGGCCUCGGAGGAGCCAUGAUAUGGGCGCUGGAUUUGGAUGAUUUCCGGAAUCUUUGCGACUGCGAGGAAUACCCUUUGCUGCGAACCAUCAACCGGGUGUUGCGGAAUUACCCAGGACCGGGGCCGAAAUGUGUGCUGGGGUCUGGAAAACCAAACGAUCCUCCGAAAGAUCGUCCUACUACGGCAGCGCCUACAACAACUACAACGAAACCAACCACUGCUAGACCACCGAAAACCAGUACCACCACCAUGCGAACUACUACGAGACAAACAACCCGUUCUACUACUAGGGCCACCAGCACAGUGAGAACCACUAAGUAUCCGGUCGAUGAGGUGGACAACAACGAUUCCAAGGGAGUGUGCGACGGUCGACUGUUUGUUCCACACGAAUCGGACUGCUCCAAGUUCUACGUUUGUCAGAACGGAAACCGAUAUUUGCAAUCAUGCCCAGCCAACACGCUUUGGAACGACGGUUAUUGUGAUUGGGAAGCAAACACAAAGUGCCACAAUAAACAACGACCUGUUCCUGCACCGGCCACUACCACCGAGAGUCAGACGACGUCACGACGACCGACGGCGACGACGCGGCGCCCCGCCACCACUCAGCGUCCCACUUCGAGACCAGCAACGACUCUAGCGACGUCCAAACCAUCAAUUCCUACAACGGGCAACAACGAUUUUAAAGUGGUGUGCUAUUUUACCAAUUGGGCCUGGUACCGACAGGGAGACGGCAAGUACACGCCCGACGACAUUGAUAGCACACUGUGCACACACAUCGUGUACGGCUUUGCGGUGCUGGACCGGGAAAGUUUGACCAUCAAAACGCACGAUUCGUGGGCAGACAUCGACAAUCGAUUCUACGAGCGCGUGGUCGAGCAGAAGCGCAAGGGCGCAAAGGUGACGCUAGCGCUCGGCGGAUGGAACGAUUCCUUGGGCGAUAAGUACAGCAAACUGGUGCGGGAUGCGUCGGCAAGGGCAAGGUUUGUGAAGCAUGCCGUAGAGUUUAUUGAAAAGUAUGACUUUGACGGUUUGGACCUGGACUGGGAAUAUCCCGUGUGCUGGCAGGUGGACUGCCAGAAGGGAUAUCCGGAUGAGAAGGAAGGGUUCGCCAUGCUGGUGCAGGAGCUGGCCGUUGAGUUCCGACCCAGGCAGUGGCUCCUGUCGGCUGCCGUUUCGCCGAGCAAAAUGGUUAUCGAUGCCGGGUACGACGUGCCGUCGCUGUCGGAAUAUUUCGAUUGGAUUGCCGUGAUGACCUACGAUUUCCACGGAAACUGGGACAAGCAAACGGGCCACGUCGCCCCACUGUACUACUACCCGGGCGAUACUUACGACUAUUUUAAUGCAAAUUUCUCCAUAAACUACUGGAUUGAGAAGGGUGCGCCUUCGAAAAAGUUGGUCAUGGGCAUGCCACUUUACGGUCAGUCGUUUUCGCUUGCCGACGCGCGGCACAACGGACUGAAUGAAAAAUCGUACGGACCGGGUGAGGCUGGCGAGUUCACGCGGGCCGGUGGCUUCCUGGCGUUCUACGAAAUUUGCGAGAAGGUCACCCGGAAUGGGUGGACCGUUGUCAGGGACCCGGAAGGCAGAAUAGGGCCGUACGCGUACAGCGGAAGCCAGUGGGUUUCGUACGAUGAUGUGGACGAAAUACGACGAAAGUCGCGAUUUUUAAAGGAAAUGAACCUGGGCGGAGGAAUGGUUUGGGCUUUGGAUCUGGACGAUUUCCGGGGACGCUGCGGUUGCGGCGCCCAUCCGCUACUGAGAACGAUGAAUCUGGAGCUUGGCCGUAUUCAAACACAACAACCGGAAAACUGUACUUAA